AUGGUGUCUUGCUAUCGAUUUAUUAAUAAUUCUGAAAGAAGACAAUUAUGGUCAAUUUUUUGCUUUCUAUAUUUACUUAUGACACUUAGCUGGUAUUAUAUUGAAUACAUCCUAUUUAAUGACGAAUAUUAUAAAAUAUUGAAACAAGAUUAUUAUUCAGGUUCAUUGUAUAUCGAUGUACCGGAUACCUGCACGUUUUGGACCCUUGUUUGGUUUCGUUUAAAUCAUUAUACACUAUAUGGAACUUACAUAUUUUUGGGAUAUAUUUUACUUGGCUAUGAAAUGUCAGUAGGUUACGUCUUCAUGCAUAUGUACAUUUUCAUGGGCUUAAUGCUGUAUUGUUUUGGAAGUCCGCAACAAUAUUAUAUUUUUUAUUAUCAGGGACCAAUACUCUUGCAUGUAUUAGUACUCAUAUUAAACCUUGAACAAGAACCUUUUGAAGAUCGUAAAAUGAGUAUAGAAUAUGACCGUAUUCGUAGAGAUAUUAGUGAGGAGAAUGAUGAACGAUCAAUGGCUAACGUAGACGCAAUUUUUUACUGUUGGAAUGAAGCAAUCUUUAAAAUGAGACAGUGUAAUAGUCGUAUUGAAUUCGAACAAGUCAUGAGACAAAUGGAUGAACAAAUAGAACAGAAUCUAUUGAAAUGUCAAUUGUUGGAGUAUCCAGUAUUGAUACCACCAGAGCCAAAGAAAAAAAACUCUUUGUCUAUUUGUUUUAUUCGUGUUACGUCAUUUUUAUUAAUUUUACUCACGGUUUGGAGUAUUAUAUCAGUGUUUCAACGAGGAUCUUUGGGUUCACUCAAUCCAAAAAAUACUACACGCAUCGUGUAA